UGCUCAACUCGUCGAUACGUAACACGUUCACGAGACGCCGAGCAAUCUAUGUGGUCAGUCGAUACCAUAGGAUUGACCGUCCCGCACGUAUUUAUUAUCAGCUCUUCGCUCUCGCGCGAGAACAACAUAAUCAAAUAUGACCUCCAAACAUCUGUCAACCGGAUCGCCGGAUCCGCCCUUGGUACCUGGGAAAUUGCGAUUGUACAGCAUGCGAUUUUGCCCUUACGCUCAGAGGGCCCAACUUGUAUUGGAUGUGAAAAAAAUUCCGUACGAUGUGGUUUGGGUGAAUUUAACUAAGAAACCGGAAUGGCUGGCUCAGAAGAAUCCAUUGAGCAAAGUCCCCGUGCUGCAACUGGAGGAAGGUAGCAUAUUGUACGAAAGUCUGAUCGUCUCCGAUUUCUUGGACGAAGCGUUUCCGGAAACUCCUCUCUACCCGAGCGAUCCUUUGCUAAAAGCCAAAGACAAAUUACUCGUCGAAAGAUUCAACUCCGUGAUAUUACCUUUUUUCAAGAUCGUGUUCAGCUCAACGGUGCAACCCGAAGAAUCCGCCGCGAUAUUGGACGGUCUUGAAAUCUUUGAAAAAGAACUGGAGAAAAGAGGCAAACCUUUCUUCGGGGGAAACAGACCCGGAAUGUUGGAUCUCAUGAUAUGGCCGUGGUUCGAGAGAUUCGAAUUAUUGGGAAUUAUGAGCGAUGAGAAAUUCGUCAUUCCUCGGGGGCGUUUUCUCAGAUUGGACAAGUGGGAAGAUGAUAUGAAAGUCGACGACGGAGUACGAGUGAGCUUUUUAGAUGUGGACAAGCAUGCUAAAUAUGUUCAAACACGAAAAGCUACGGGUACUCCAGCUUACGACUCCAUCUUGGAAUCGUAAUUGACCUUAUCACGGGCAUGCCGAAUCCUAGAAUGCCGAGAAAGCUCGGGGGGGUAGAAACGAGGCUGCCGUUGCCAUCUCGCGACAGGGUGGUGGACUUUUUAAACAAAAUACUUCGCCCGACUAUUACCGACCGUGUUGCGGAACGGGUAACAAUUCGAGUCGGAACUUCUUCGAGGAUUCUGAAUAUCUGAAAAGAUAUUUCGACCCCCUCGGCGAUUGGCGAAGGGUUAACGACGAUGUAUGAAAAUAAAAUGAAUAAAAUUCAACGGUUUUCACAAAA